CCACCACACCACGAGCGCGCGAUAACCCUAGCUAGCUUCAGGUAGUAGCGAGAGCCAAUGGACUCCAGCAGCUUCCUCCCUGCCGCCGGCGCGGAGAAUGGCUCGGCGGCGGGCGGCGCCAACAAUGGCGGCGCUGCUCAGCAGCAUGCGGCGCCGGCGAUCCGCGAGCAGGACCGGCUGAUGCCGAUCGCGAACGUGAUCCGCAUCAUGCGGCGCGUGCUGCCGGCGCACGCCAAGAUCUCGGACGACGCCAAGGAGACGAUCCAGGAGUGCGUGUCGGAGUACAUCAGCUUCAUCACGGGGGAGGCCAACGAGCGGUGCCAGCGGGAGCAGCGCAAGACCAUCACCGCCGAGGACGUGCUGUGGGCCAUGAGCCGCCUCGGCUUCGACGACUACGUCGAGCCGCUCGGCGCCUACCUCCACCGCUACCGCGAGUUCGAGGGCGACGCGCGCGGCGUCGGGCUCGUCCCGGGGGCCGCCCCAUCGCGCGGCGGCGACCACCACCCGCACUCCAUGUCGCCAGCGGCGAUGCUCAAGUCCCGCGGGCCAGUCUCCGGAGCCGCCAUGCUACCGCACCACCACCACCACCACGACAUGCAGAUGCACGCCGCCAUGUACGGGGGAACGGCCGUGCCCCCGCCGGCCGGGCCUCCUCACCACGGCGGGUUCCUCAUGCCACACCCACAGGGUAGUAGCCACUACCUGCCUUACGCGUACGAGCCCACGUACGGCGGUGAGCACGCCAUGGCUGCAUACUAUGGAGGCGCCGCGUACGCGCCCGGCAACGGCGGGAGCGGCGACGGCAGUGGCAGUGGCGGCGGUGGCGGGAGCGCGUCGCACACACCGCAGGGCAGCGGCGGCUUGGAGCACCCGCACCCGUUCGCGUACAAGUAGCUAGUUCGUACGUCGUUCGACUUGAGCAAGCCAUCGAUCUGCUGAUCUGAACGUACGCUGUAUUGUACACGCAUGCACGUACGUAUCGGCGGCUAGCUCUCCUGUUUAAGUUGUACUGUGAUUCUGUCCCGGCCGGCUAGCAACUUAGUAUCUUCCUUCAGUCUCUAGUUUCUUAGCAGUCGUAGAAGUGUUCAAUGCUUGCCAGUGUGUUGUUUUAGGGCCGGGGUAAACCAUCCGAUGAGAUUAUUUCA